CCCAUUUCCAGUCAACGAGCAUACUUUCACUUUCUCUCACACACCUGUAUAAAUGCACCUGCAGAUCCCCUCUCCUCCUCACACCAACACCUUCACACUCCUGAAGAGACUUGCUGCAGCAGCCGACCUGAGCUCAGACCUACAAAGAAACAGAGACAUGGCCUCUCGAGUUGCAGCUCUGCUCUUGCUGGGUAUCAUCUGCACUGGGUUUGCAGCAGCUGAGAUCGUGCUCGACUGCUGUCUGGAUACCACUAAGAAGUUUCUGCCUCGCCAUAUCCUUGUAGGCUACAGCAUUCAGGAAGCUGGAAAGGGCUGUGACAUCAGUGCUACUGCGUUUAUUACAAGGGCUGGAAAGAAACUGUGUGUAGUCCACCCCAGCAAGGGAGAAUGGGUGCAAAGACACAUUACAUUUCUGGAUAACAAAAAACGAGCCCAGCAGCAAUGAGGUGUAGAGAGGAGCAGGCUCUACAGUGUAGAGUCUACACUGAGAGCUGAAGACAGAAGCCAGCUUCAUUUCCUUUUCUCUGCAUAGCCGUGGUGCACUGUAGAAGAUCAGAACAGUUUGAGACAAUCAGACCAAGGAAGCAUCACUUCAUCUUGGUUAUGAUGAUACUUUGUUUGAGCCUUCAUGCCGGUGACUUCAGACUGACUGUACAGUUCUGUAUUCUUAUUGAGCUGUUUUGGGGACAAGAUGUGCAAAAUAUUGACAAUUAUGUAUGUCAAAUUUAUUGUUGGGAGUU